CACAGAUUGAGAAACGCUUUAGCCAGAAAAAUAUUUGUUUAAUUUCUUUCGAAUUCCAAUUCUGCAAACGGAUUUGCUAUCAUAUUAUUAUAGGUUUUGAAAUCAAUAAAAAUCACGAACUCGACACAGAAAGAUAUAAUUAACUGACCAUCUUGCCCUGACCUGUGCCCCGCAUCAUUAUUGUCUAAUGGGUAAUUAAUAUCUAAUUGAAUGUGUUCGAAACACCAAAACACUAAAAUAAUCUUUUUAGAUUAUAUUCGUGGUACUUGAACCUCUAUCAUAAAAUAAUAGCCAUUGCAUCAAAAUUAAUCACUUGAUGUUGAUAUCUAGUACAUCAUAAUAAACAAUUUUUUACCACCUCUUAAAAUUUAAAUCAUCCCGAGCAGUAUAAUAUUGUUGUGGAUUUCAGUAUAGGUAUAGGUACUCAAAUACAACAUUCCAAGACAUUCGUACAAAUAUGUAAAUCUACUUAUCACAUAACACAGGUAUAUCUAUAGCGUUUGUAAAAGUGGUAGGUACCUACACAUUUUUACCAGAUAUACGUUUUAUAAAUUCGUCGAGUUCAUAUUUUAAAUCACAAUUUAUAAUUAUUAAUUAUUUAACUAUACCUACUGUGUUAUUCUAUGAGAGUAAUAUUUAAUAAUUAUCAUCGUUGUAUAUAAUAGGUAGGUCGUAUGUACUACUAGGUACUUAAGCUACAUGCACAAUUUAUCAAGGCCAUCAGGAUUAUUACGAUAUUAACUGUGAGAAAAAUUAUUGCUCUGCACAUCCUUUUACACUUAGCAGCUGUGUAUCAGAAUACUUUCAGCGUUAACCGAGUGAAGAUAUUCUAAAAUGUAUUAUUGUUAAUUUUAUUUAUCACGACCGUUGCAUUGCAUAUUCAUAAUUAAAUUAAAAGUAAAACAUUAUAAACCUACAUUUAUUAUACAUUUUUGUUAUUCUCUCAAACAUCUUAUUUUUUCGUACCUUAAUUAAAUAAAAUCAAGAACAUGUUUCGAACAAAAGUGAAUACACAAUUGCUACCACUGAAAAUGUGCUUCUUCCUCCUGUUUGCAAGCUUCGGACCUACGAUUGGAUUUUUACCUACAAUAGCGAGACAAUUGGGAUACUCGAUAACGACUUACGGCGCUACCAUGAUGUUCAUGUCGGUGGUAUCGACGAUACUUGUACCUCUGUCCGGUGUGGUUGUCGACAAAUUUCGGAUAAAAAAACCGUUAUUUUUAGUGGUCAUAUUUGGCACAGGAGUGGUUUCGAUAUGUUUCUUGUUCGUGCCGAAAGCACCUGUGGACGCGGCCAUGACAGAGAUAAAAUGCGACGCAGAAACGACGACAAUGACCGUUUUCAACGAGAAUAGUAAUAAUAAUAAUUUGCAAACGACGAGUAACGUCACUUAUUAUACCGUUGCGAAUCACACUAGCGGCGAUGAGUUAAUAACGUGCAAGUUAAAAUGUCAAUAUACAGAGUUGUGCGGUGCAGGCCAUGCAAUAAUAAAUAAUCCGAAGAAUCAAUCUGACUUGAGCGAUUUGUGGACGAGAACAAUUAACGAAAAUCAAAAUAAAUACGACCACAUCGACUUAACAUUAAAACCUAGAGACGUAGAACAGACGGAACAGAUUGCAAACUCUUACGUCUUUCAAGUGAUGUCUGUCCAAAUAAAUGGCACGCAAAUACUUUCACCCACCUGUCGAUGCCAUUUGAAAACAUUUUGCCAUAUCGCGAACUGUUCGAACGAUAAAAUAAUGGAAGUGGCUACCGUCACGACGUACAGAGGAAACGUUCUUAACUUGUAUCAAUUUUGGAUUUUUUUCGCGCUAGUGGCGACGUAUUGGGCCUGUAUAACUAUUUCGUCUACAUUAAUAAAUCCUAUUUGUCUCGAUGCUUUGGGAGACAGAUCUGCAGAGGAUUUCGGAAAACAAAAAUGUUGGGCUUCAAUCGGUUGGGGGGGGUUUUCCAUAUUCAUCGGGUGGCUCGUGGAUGUAUUUAGUUUCGAUAAAAAGGAUAAAAAUUAUUCACCCGUUUUUUAUUCUAGUAUUUUAGUCACGGCUUUGAAUUUCGGAGUAGUUAAUAGAAUCAAAGUUGUCGAAACGAACAAAUCCGAAGGUCGAUGGAAAAACAUGUGUGGGCUGUUUACUAAACAUUACAUGAUUUCGUUUUGCAUAUGGUCAAUAUUCAACACGCUUUUCCACACAAUCGUCACCCACUUUCUGUUCUGGUACAUGGAAGAUUUGGUUUCUGCUAACGACGACCACAGCCAACGGGCGUGGCUGAAAACGCUCCAAGGUCUAGCUCAAGGCAUCCAGUGUUUCAGCGGAGAAAUACCAUUUUUUUUCUGGUCCGGUUGGAUAAUCAGAAAGAUGGGCUAUGGAAAUUGCAUGACCCUCGUACUGGCAGCCAUGGCCGUCAGGAUGUAUCUGUACACAGUCAUCUGGAAUCCAGUCUGGAUCAUUGCAAUUGAAUUGCUAAACGGCGUGUCGUACGCAUUGGGAUACUCGGUGAAAAUGUCAUACGCAAAAAUGUUGUCACCCCCCGACACACUAAACACCGUAAUUGGGUUUAUAGGAUUUUUCGAUUGCAUUGGUGAAUCUAUAGGUAGUCUACUGGGUGGAUAUUUAUUCGAUACAUAUGGCGGAGUGUGGUCGUUUCGAUUUUUCUCCUAUAUGUCUGUCCUGAUGUGCUUUCUAAGCGUAGUAACAAAUUAUUUUGGAUUGACAAAGGAAUCUAUUACUUCAAAAGACAACACAGAAUCGACGAAUACGGAUCUCAAAAUUACCAAUAAUAAUACUGAUAAAAAAAUGUGAUAUUUUGUUUAUAAAAACCGUAGUGAACUUAUUUAAAUGUCAUAUUUAAAAAGUUAAAUAUUAUAACAUUUAAUGUUUAGACGAACAGAGUAAAGUGUGACAUACGAGUACACCGCAGAAUGUUAGCAUACUACUCUCCACUCAUUUAAAUUUUAAUACUUAACAAUAUUAUAAGUUAAAACUAUA